UCAGGCCAGCCUCCUCACUCACCUCUUCCUCCUUCACCUCCUGCCUGGCUCAGCAGCUGCCCGGUGGCCUCAGCCCUGCAACCAUGCCCCUCGGUCUCCUGUGGCUGGGCCUCACCCUGCUGGGGGCCCUGCAGACCCAGGCCCAGGACUCCACCCCAAACCUGAUCCCAGCCCCACCUCUGUUCAGGGUCCCGCUGCAGCCAAACUUCCAAGAUGACCAGUUCCAGGGGAAGUGGUACGUCGUGGGCCUGGCGGGAAAUGCAGUUUCCCAGACAGAGGACGGCCAGUUUAAAAUGUACACCACCAACUACGAGCUGAAAGAAGACAGCAGCUACAACGUCACCUCCACCCUGCUCAGGGACCAGCGCUGCGACUACUUUGUCAGAACGUUUGUCCAAACCUCCCGGCCCGGCCAGUUCCGCCUGGGCAACAUUAAGGCCUACCCGGGCCUGCAGCGCUACACCGUGAGAGUGGCGGCCACCGACUACAGCCAGUUCGCCAUGGUGUUCUUCAAGAAGGUCUCCCGAAACCGGGAGUACUUCAAGAUCACCCUCUACGGAAGGACCAAGGAGCUGCCCCCUGAACGGAAGGAGAACUUCAGCCGCUUUGCCAAAUCCCUGGGCCUCUCCGAUGACAACAUCGUCUUCCCUGUCCCAAUCGACCAGUGCAUCGAUGACGAGUGAGCAUGCGGUGCCUCCUGCCUUCCCCCUUCCCGUUGCCUUCCUAUCAGCCUCUGCCCAAGGUGCCCCCCAGCUGCCCCCACGAGCCAACGCCACUGAGAGCCAGGAGCCUUCUCACAGUUCGGCCCAGCGCUGACCUAGCCACCCUGCUGAUGGAGCUGCUCCCCGACUGCUAAAUAAACAGUCCCCAGAC